AUGCUGUACAUUGGUGGAUACGAUGGCGAGCUACCGCAUCACCUCGCUAUGAUUUCCGGUUUCCAUGGAUGCAUGAAAAAGGUACGGCUCAAUGGACGGUCGAUCGCAUUUCGACCCGAACAUGGUCAACAUAUUCGCGAAUGUGGAGCCGAUCCAUGUGCAGCUGCUGGAUGUCCCCGUUCGUGCACCUCUACGAAUGAUGAUUUCGUGUGCUUGUGUGAAUGGCCAAAACAUGGGAAGACUUGCGAACAAGAAACAAAACGACUACUUACAAUGCGCUUCUCUGGCCACUCCUAUCUAGAACUCAAAAAGACCGAGCUUAUGGACCAAGUCACGGGAGAUUCGUUGAAAAUGGAGAUUAAUCUCAAGUUGAGCAAUGCCACUGACUUCGCAUCUUCGCCUUCUAAGAGCCAGUUACUCGUAUUCGCUGGAGAGAACGGAAUCAACGCUGACUUCUUCCGGCUGCUCAUCACACCG